AUGAAUGACAGCAAUAACAUUAAAGAAGAAAUUAACAUAACAGAACAAACUCCUAACAAGAAUUUUCUUAAACAAAUUGUAGAAACAAAUUUAUCAGAAGAGCAACGCCAAAAAUUAGGCAACUUAAAAAAAGACGAAAAAAAACCGAAUGAAAUACAAGAGGAAAUUAAUAAAUUAGAAGAAAAACAAAAGCAAACCGAGCAAGAAUUAAACAAUUGA